GGCUAAUUCCUCAGGUUGUAUAUAUAUAUAUAUUUCUGCCUACACCCGAACAAGCACUUAAAAGCGACAAUGGCGUUCGUUUCAACUCAAGGACCGACUGUGGUUGACCAAACGACUUUGAUGAAAAAGUACCUUCAGUUUGUGGCCGCCCUGACAGAUGUUAAUACACCCGAUGAAACAAAGCUCAAGAUGAUGCAAGAAGUCAGCGAGAACUUUGAGAAUGUGACAUCAUCUCCCCAGUAUUCAACAUUUUUGGAGCACAUCAUCCCUCGAUUUCUCACCUUUCUUCAAGACGGAGAAGUGCAGUUUCUGCAGGAGAAACCCGCACAGCAACUGAGAAAAUUAGUUCUGGAAAUAAUCCAUCGAAUACCAACAAAUGAACAUCUGCGCCCUCACACCAAGAACGUCUUAUCCGUGAUGUUCAGAUUUCUAGAGACUGAAAAUGAAGAAAAUGUGCUUAUUUGCUUGAGGAUCAUUAUUGAACUGCACAAACAGUUCCGGCCACCCAUCACACAAGAGAUACACCAUUUCUUGGAUUUUGUUAAACAGAUUUACAAGGAACUUCCAAAAGUAGUGAAUCGGUAUUUCGAGAACCCUCAGGUCAUCCCUGAGAAUACAGUUCCAACCCCCGAAAUGGUCGGUAUGAUCACCACGAUUGCCGUGAAAGUAAAUCCCGAACGAGAUGACAGUGAAACAAGAACGCAUUCCAUAAUUCCUCGAGGGUCUCUCUCUUUGAAAGUGUUAGCCGAGCUGCCUAUUAUUGUUGUUCUCAUGUAUCAGUUGUAUAAACUGAACAUCCAUAAUGUGGUAGCUGAAUUUGUUCCCUUGAUCAUGAACACUAUUAUUAUACAAGUUUCAACACAAGCAAGGCAGCAUAAACUUUACAAUAAAGAACUGUAUGCUGACUUCAUUGCUGCACAGAUCAAAACCUUGUCGUUCUUGGCUUACAUCAUAAGAAUUUAUCAGGAAUUGGUGGCAAAAUAUUCACAGCAGAUGGUCAAAGGCAUGUUGCAGUUACUAUGCAACUGUCCUGCAGAAACAGCUCACCUGAGAAAGGAACUUCUCAUCGCAGCCAAGCAUAUUCUCACCACGGAUUUGAGGAGCCGUAUGCCCCUUGCCUACAGCACGUUGGCGGAUCUGGUGCAUCACGUCCGGCAACACUUGCCGCUCAAUGAUCUCUCCCUGGCGGUCCAGUUGUUUGCGAAGAAUAUUGAUGACGAGUCGCUACCGAGCAGCAUCCAGACCAUGUCCUGCAAACUUCUGCUCAACCUGGUGGACUGUAUCCGCUCCAAGAGCGAACAGGAAAACGGAAAUGGCCGGGACAUCCUCAUGAGGAUGUUGGAGGUGUUUGUCCUGAAAUUCCACACCAUUGCCCGCUAUCAGCUUUCCAUCAUCUUUAAGAAGUGCAAGCCUCAGUCCGAGCUUGGGGUGGCAGAAGUGGCUUUGCCUGGGGUACCUGCCGGAAGCAGUGGGGCUCCGGUCCCUGUGCCGUCCCCUGCCCCCACCACUCCCGUGGCCCCACCCUCGGGGCCCGUCUUCGAGAAACAAGGAGAGAAGGAAAAAGAGGACAAGCAGACGUUCCAGGUCACCGAUUGCCGGAGCCUGGUCAAGACCUUGGUCUGCGGCGUCAAGACGAUUACGUGGGGCAUCACUUCGUGCAAAGCACCUGGGGAAGCUCAGUUCAUUCCCAACAAACAGCUACAGCCUAAAGAGACACAGAUUUAUAUUAAACUGGUCAAAUAUGCAAUGCAGGCUUUGGAUAUUUAUCAGGUUCAAAUAGCUGGAAAUGGCCAGACGUACAUCCGAGUUGCGAAUUGUCAGACGGUCAGGAUGAAGGAGGAGAAGGAGGUCUUAGAGCAUUUUGCUGGUGUCUUCACAAUGAUGAACCCUUUGACAUUUAAAGAAAUCUUUCAGACAACAGUUCCUUACAUGGUGGAAAGAAUCUCUAAGAACUACGCCCUUCAGAUUGUCGCCAAUUCUUUCUUGGCCAACCCAACUACCUCGGCCCUGUUUGCUACGAUCUUGGUGGAGUAUCUUCUGGAUCGGUUGCCCGAAAUGGGCUCCAACGUCGAGCUGUCCAACCUCUACCUCAAACUCUUCAAGUUAGUCUUUGGCUCGGUUUCCCUCUUUGCCGCAGAGAACGAACAGAUGCUGAAGCCGCACCUACACAAGAUAGUGAACAGCUCCAUGGAGCUCGCCCAGACGGCUAAGGAGCCCUACAACUAUUUCUUGCUGCUGCGGGCUCUCUUCCGAUCCAUCGGCGGGGGCAGCCACGAUCUCCUGUAUCAGGAAUUUCUGCCUUUGUUACCCAACUUACUACAAGGUCUCAACAUGCUGCAGAGCGGCCUGCACAAGCAACACAUGAAGGAUUUAUUUGUCGAGCUUUGCCUCACCGUGCCGGUGCGCCUCAGUUCCCUCCUUCCUUACCUGCCCAUGCUGAUGGAUCCUUUGGUGUCGGCCUUAAACGGCUCCCAGACGCUGGUCAGCCAGGGCCUGCGCACCUUGGAGCUGUGCGUGGACAACCUGCAGCCGGACUUCCUGUACGACCACAUUCAGCCAGUGCGGGCGGAACUGAUGCAGGCCUUGUGGCGGACGCUGCGCAAUCCUGCCGAGACCAUUUCCCACGUGGCUUACCGGGUGCUGGGCAAGUUUGGCGGCAGCAACCGGAAGAUGCUGAAGGAGUCUCAAAAGCUGCAGUACGUCGUGACCGAGAUUCAAGGCCCCAGCAUUACCGCCGAGUUCGCCGACUGCAAAGCCUCCAUCCAGCUCCCCAUGGAGAAGGCUAUCGAAACGGCUCUGGACUGCUUGAAGAGUGCCAACACAGAGCCGUACUAUCGGAGGCAGGCCUGGGAGGUGAUCAAAUGCUUCUUGGUGGCCAUGAUGAACCUGGAUGAUAACAAGCAUGCUUUGUAUCAGCUUCUUGCGCAUCCCAACUUCACGGAGAAGUCUAUUCCCAGCGUCAUCAUCUCCCACCGGUACAAAGCCCAGGACACGCCCGCCCGCAAAACCUUUGAGCAGGCCUUGACGGGGGCCUUCAUGUCGGCCGUGAUCAAAGAUUUACGCCCCAGCGCGCUUCCCUUUGUGGCCAGCUUAAUUCGUCAUUAUACGAUGGUGGCCGUAGCCCAGCAGUGUGGCCCUUUCUUGCUUCAGUGUUACCAGGUUGGGAGCCAGCCUAGCACCGCCAUGUUUCAUAGCGAAGAAAACGGAUCGAAAGGCAUGGAUCCCUUGGUGCUGAUUGAUGCCAUCGCCAUCUGCAUGGCCUAUGAGGAGAAGGAGCUUUGCAAAAUAGGGGAGGUGGCGCUAGCGGUGAUGAACGACGUUGCCAGCAUCAUCCUGGGAUCGAAGGAAAGGGCUUGCCAGCUCCCGUUGUUCUCCUACAUCGUGGAACGUCUCUGCGCCUGCUGCUACGAGCAAGCCUGGUACGCCAAGCUGGGCGGCGUGGUGUCGAUUAAGUUUCUCAUGGAACGGCUGCCUCUCAUUUGGGUGCUUCAGAACCAGCAGACUUUCCUCAAGGCCUUGCUGUUUGUCAUGAUGGACCUCACCGGAGAGGUCUCGAACGGAGCAGUGGCGAUGGCCAAAACCACCCUCGAGCAGCUCUUGAUCCGGUGCGCGACGCCUCUGAAGGAUGAGGAGAAGACGGAAGACAUCCUCACCGCCCAGGAGAAAUCUUUCCACCACGUGACCCAUGACUUGGUGCGGGAAGUGACCUCUCCAAAUUCCACCGUGCGGAAGCAGGCGAUGCACUCUUUGCAAGUCCUCGCCCAAGUCACGGGGAAAAGCGUCACUGUGAUCAUGGAGCCACAUAAAGAGGUCCUCCAAGACAUGGUUCCUCCGAAGAAGCACCUGCUGAGACACCAGCCUGCCAACGCUCAGAUUGGUUUGAUGGAAGGGAACACGUUCUGCACCACCCUUCAGCCCAGGCUUUUCACUAUGGAUCUCAAUGUGAUGGAGCACAAAGUAUUCUAUACGGAGCUGUUGAAUUUGUGCGAGGCGGAAGACAGUGCCUUGAUGAAAUUGCCAUGCUAUAAGAGCCUUCCCUCCCUGGUUCCUCUUCGAAUCGCAGCAUUGAAUGCCUUAGCUGCUUGCAAUUACUUGCCACAGUCCAGGGAGAAAAUCAUUGCCGCGCUUUUCAAAGCACUUAACUCAACAAACAAUGAACUGCAGGAGGCCGGAGAGGCUUGCAUGAGAAAGUUUUUGGAGGGGGCGACGAUCGAGGUUGACCAGAUCCACACGCACAUGAGACCUUUGCUCAUGAUGCUGGGCGACUACCGAAGCCUGACCCUCAACGUGGUGAACCGUCUCACCUCCGUGACGAGGCUCUUCCCGAACUCCUUUAACGAUAAGUUUUGCGAUCAGAUGAUGCAACACCUGCGCAAAUGGAUGGAGGUGGUCGUCAUAACCCACAAAGGAGGACAGAGGAGCGAUGGAAACGAAAUGAAGAUUUGCUCAGCAAUUAUAAACCUGUUUCAUCUGAUCCCGGCCGCGCCUCAGACGCUCGUUAAACCCUUGCUGGAAGUUGUCAUGAAAACAGAACGGGCUAUGUUGAUAGAGGCUGGCAGCCCAUUCCGAGAGCCGUUAAUCAAGUUUCUGACGCGCCAUCCAUCCCAGACCGUGGAGCUCUUUAUGAUGGAAGCUACUUUAAAUGAUCCACAGUGGAGCAGAAUGUUCAUGAGUUUUUUGAAGCAUAAAGAUGCAAAACCCUUGCGUGACGUUCUGGCGGCCAACCCGAACCGCUUCAUCACCCUGUUGUUACCUGGCGGUACCCAAGCAGCCGUCCGCCCGGGCUCCCCCAGCACCAGCACGAUGCGCUUGGAUCUCCAGUUUCAGGCGAUCAAGAUCAUAAGCAUCAUUGUGAAGAACGAUGAAUGCUGGCUGGCCAACCAGCAUUCCUUGGUCAGCCAACUCAGGCGAGUGUGGGUCAGCGAAGCUUUUCAGGAAAGGCACCGGAAAGAGAACAUGGCAGCAACAAAUUGGAAGGAGCCCAAACUCCUAGCAUAUUGCUUACUGAAUUACUGCAAGAGAAAUUACGGUGACAUUGAGUUGCUCUUCCAGCUCCUCCGAGCCUUUACGGGGCGUUUCCUGUGCAAUAUGACUUUUUUGAAAGAAUACAUGGAGGAAGAAAUCCCCCAAAAUUACACCAUUCCCCAAAAACGGGCUCUUUUCUUCCGUUUUGUUGACUUUGCGGAUCCUAACUUUGGAGACGAACUGAAAGCCAAGGUUCUGCAACACAUCCUGAAUCCGGCUUUCUUGCACAGCUUUGAAAAGGGGGAAGGGGAGCAACUCUUGGGCCCCCCUAACCCAGAAGGGGAUAACCCCGAAAGCAUCACCAGUGUGUUCAUAACCAAGGUCCUGGAUCCAGAGAAGCAGCCGGACAUGCUGGAUUCGCUCCGGAUCUACCUCUUGCAGUUUGCCACCCUCCUGGUGGAGCACGCGCCGCACCACAUCCACGACAACAACAAGAACCGGAACAGCAAACUGCGGCGCCUCAUGACCUUUGCAUGGCCUUGCCUGCUGUCCAAGGCGUGCGUCGACCCAGCUUGCAAGUACAGCGGGCACUUGCUCCUUGCCCACAUCAUUGCUAAAUUUGCCAUUCACAAGAAGAUCGUCUUACAGGUGUUUCAUAGUCUCCUGAAGGCUCACGCCAUGGAAGCCCGGGCCAUCGUCAGGCAAGCGAUGGCGAUCCUCACGCCAGCCGUGCCUGCUCGAAUGGAAGACGGGCACCAGAUGUUGACCCACUGGACAAGGAAGAUCAUAGUCGAAGAGGGUCAUACAGUUCCUCAGCUGGUUCAUAUUUUGCAUUUAAUCGUCCAGCACUUCAAGGUUUACUAUCCAGUGAGACAUCAUUUGGUGCAGCACAUGGUGAGCGCCAUGCAGCGGCUCGGCUUCACUCCGAGCGUCACUAUCGAGCAACGGAAGCUGGCGGUGGAUCUGGCCGAAGUGGUCAUCAAGUGGGAACUGCAACGUAUCAAGGACCAGCAGCCGGAUUCGGAUAUGGACCAGGGGGUCAGUGGCGAAGGAGCCAGUUCUGCCUCAUCUGCUAUGAAAAGAGGUCUCUCGGUCGAUUCUGGCCAAGAAGUGAAGCGGUUCAGGACGGCCACUGGAGGAAUAAGUGCUGUAUUCGGACGCAGCCAGUCCCUGCCGGGAGCGGAUGCCCUGCUUUCAAAACCCAUCGAGAAGCAACACACGGACACGGUCGUCAACUUCCUCAUUAGAAUUGCUUGCCAGGUAAAUGACAACUCAAACACUGCCGGUUCCCCGGGAGAACUGCUUUCUCGGCGCUGCGUUAACCUUCUGAAGACAGCUUUGCGGCCGGACAUGUGGCCUAAAUCGGAACUCAAAUUGCAGUGGUUCGAUAAGCUUCUAAUGACGGUGGAACAGCCUAACCAAGCUAACUUCGCCAAUAUCUGUACCGGAUUGGAGGUGCUCAGCUUCCUCCUGACCGUGCUGCAGUCGCCGGCAAUUCUGAGCAGCUUCAAACCUCUGCAGCGUGGGAUCGCCUCUUGCAUGACAUGCGGGAACACCAAGGUCCUGAGAGCUGUCCACACCCUGCUUUCCCGUUUGAUGAGCAACUUUCCUACAGAACCAAGUACUUCAAGCGUUGCCUCUAAAUAUGAAGAGCUGGAGUGUCUCUACGCUGCUGUCGGGAAAGUUAUUUACGAAGGGCUUACCAAUUAUGAAAAAGCCACAAAUGCCAACCCUUCUCAACUUUUUGGAACUUUGAUGAUUCUGAAGUCUGCCUGCAGCAACAAUCCCAGCUAUAUCGACCGACUGAUCUCGGUCUUCAUGCGGUCUCUCCAGAAGAUGGUGAGGGAGCAUCUGAACCAACAAUCGCAAGCGGGAACGGCAGAAGCGAACACGGCUGGGACAAGCGAACUGGUCAUGCUGAGCUUGGAUUUGGUCAAAACCCGCCUUGCUGUAAUGAGCAUGGAAAUGAGGAAGAAUUUCAUCCAGGCUAUUCUGACGUCACUCAUUGAAAAGUCCAACGAUACCAAGAUUCUCCGUGCUGUGGUCAAAAUAGUGGAAGAGUGGGUGAAAAAUAACUCUUCGUUGGCUACCAACCAGAUACCGACCCUCCGAGAGAAGUCCAUUUUGCUGGUUAAAAUGAUGACCUACAUUGAAAAACGUUUUCCAGAAGACCUUGAAUUAAAUGCCCAGUUCUUAGACCUUGUUAACUACGUCUAUAGGGAUGAAAACCUUUCGGGUAGCGAGCUGACGGCUAAGCUAGAGCCAGCCUUUCUGUCAGGACUUCGCUGCGCCCAGCCACUUAUCCGAGCCAAAUUUUUUGAGGUUUUUGACAAUUCCAUGAAGCGUCGCGUCUACGAGCGCCUGCUGUACAUAACGUGUUCUCAAAAUUGGGAAGCGAUGGGAAACCACUUCUGGAUCAAGCAGUGCAUUGAGCUCCUUUUGGCCGUAUGCGAGAGGAACACGACAAUUGGGACCAGCUGCCAAGGUGCCAUGCUCCCGUCCAUCACGAAUGUGAUCAACCUGGCAGACAGUCACGAUAGGGCGGCCUUUGCGAUGGUGACGCACGUCAAGCAAGAGCCAAGAGAGAGAGAAAACAGUGAAUCGAAGGAAGAGGAUGUGGAGAUAGACAUUGAGCUGGCUCCGGGGGAUCAGACGAGCACCCCUAAAACCAAAGAGCUUUCUGAAAAGGACAUUGGAAACCAGCUGCACAUGCUGACCAACCGCCACGAUAAAUUCCUUGAUUCUCUGCGAGAAGUGAAGACUGGUGCGUUGCUGAGUGCGUUUGUCCAGCUGUGUCACAUUUCCACGCCCUUAGCUGAGAAAACCUGGAUCCAGCUGUUCUCCAGAUUGUGGAAAAUAUUGUCGGAUAGACAGCAACAUGCUCUAGCAGGGGAGAUCAGCCCUUUCUUGUGCAGCGGGAGCCACCAGGUGCAGCGCGACUGCCAGCCGAGCGCGCUCAACUGCUUCGUGGAAGCCAUGUCCCAGUGCGUCCCCCCCAUCCCCAUCCGGCCCUGCGUGCUGAAAUACCUGGGGAAAACACACAACCUCUGGUUCCGCUCGACGCUGAUGCUGGAGCACCAAGCCUUCGAGAAAGGUCUCAGCCUUCAGAUUAAGCCCAAACAGACCACGGAGUUUUAUGAGCAGGAAAGCAUAACUCCUCCGCAGCAGGAAAUUCUCGAUUCGCUGGCCGAGCUGUACGCCUUGUUACAGGAGGAGGACAUGUGGGCCGGCUUGUGGCAGAAGCGUUGUAAAUUCCCAGAGACAGCAACGGCUAUAGCUUACGAGCAGCACGGCUUCUUCGAACAGGCUCAGGAAACCUACGAAAAAGCAAUGGAGAAAGCAAAGAAAGAACAUGAGAGAAGUAACGCUUCUCCAGCCAUUUUCCCAGAGUAUCAGCUCUGGGAGGACCACUGGAUCCGGUGCUCUAAAGAGUUAAACCAGUGGGAAGCGCUGACCGAGUACGGCCAGUCAAAGGGCCAUAUCAACCCCUACCUCGUGCUGGAAUGUGCAUGGCGGGUCUCCAACUGGACAGCCAUGAAAGAAGCCCUGGUGCAGGUGGAGCUGAGUUGCCCCAAAGAGAUGGCGUGGAAGGUCAAUAUGUACCGAGGCUACUUGGCCAUCUGCCAUCCUGAAGAACAACAGCUGAACUUCAUUGAGCGCCUGGUGGAGAUGGCCAGUGGCUUGGCGAUUCGUGAGUGGCGGAGGCUGCCCCAGGUGGUGUCGCACGUCCACACUCCCCUUCUCCAGGCGGCACAGCAGAUCAUUGAGCUUCAAGAAGCGGCCCAAAUAAACGCAGGCUUGCAGCCGGCCAGUCUCGGGAGGAAUAACAGCCUGCAUGACAUGAAAACAGUGGUUAAGACUUGGAGGAACAGGCUGCCGAUUGUGUCGGACGACUUAUCCCACUGGAGCAGCAUUUUCAUGUGGAGGCAACAUCAUUACCAAGGCACCAGAUCCAGUAUUCUUACUGACGUAAAGCAGGUCUGGGAAUCUUUGGAUAUGCAUCAUACUUGGUGGGAAUACCAUUACCUUCCCACUGAGGGCCUGGAGGUGAUUGAAUCGACAAACCUGAAGUAUUUUACCAAGGAGAUGACUGCCGAGUUCUAUGCACUGAAGGGGAUGUUCCUAGCGCAGAUCAACAAGUCCGAAGAAGCCAACAAAGCUUUCUCCGCGGCCGUCCAGAUGCAUGAUGUCCUCGUGAAAGCCUGGGCGAUGUGGGGUGAUUACCUGGAAAACAUCUUUGUGAAGGAGCGCCAGCUGCAUCUCGGGGUCUCGGCGAUCACUUGCUACCUGCACGCCUGCCGCCAUCAGAACGAGAGCAAAUCCAGGAAAUAUUUAGCAAAGGUCCUCUGGCUGCUGAGUUUUGACGACGACAAGAACACCCUGGCGGAUGCCAUUGACAAAUACUGCAUUGGCGUGCCUCCAAUCCAGUGGUUGGCGUGGAUCCCGCAGCUGUUAACCUGCCUGGUUGGGUCAGAGGGCAAACUCCUAUUGAACCUUAUUAGUCAGGUCGGGCGAGUCUACCCUCAAGCGGUCUACUUUCCUAUCCGGACCCUCUAUUUGACCCUGAAGAUCGAACAACGUGAGCGCUAUAAAAGCGAUUCUGGGCAGCAGCAGCCAAGUUCCGUGGGGAGCCAGUCCCAUUCGGCUUCGGAUCCGGGCCCAAUCCGAGCCACGGCUCCCAUGUGGCGCUGCAGCCGGAUCAUGCACAUGCAGCGCGAACUGCACCCCACGCUUCUCUCUUCCCUCGAGGGGAUUGUGGAUCAGAUGGUCUGGUUCCGGGAGAACUGGCACGAGGAGGUCCUCCGGCAGCUGCAGCAAGGCCUUGCCAAGUGUUACUCGGUUGCCUUUGAGAAAAGCGGGGCCGUUUCGGAUGCCAAGAUCACCCCCCACACGCUGAAUUUUGUCAAGAAGCUGGUCAGCACCUUUGGCGUCGGCCUGGAGAACGUCUCCAACGUUUCCACCAUGUUUUCCAGCGCCGCUUCGGAGUCACUAGCCAGGAGGGCCCAGGCGACGGCUCAAGAUCCUGUCUUUCAGAAACUGAAAGGACAGUUCACAACGGAUUUUGACUUCAGUGUGCCAGGCUCCAUGAAACUUCACAAUCUGAUCUCGAAGCUGAAGAAAUGGAUCAAAAUCCUCGAGGCGAAGACCAAACAGCUUCCCAAGUUCUUCCUCAUCGAGGAAAAAUGCCGCUUUCUAAGCAACUUCUCUGCCCAAACAGCUGAAGUCGAAAUUCCUGGGGAAUUCCUGAUGCCAAAACCGACGCAUUAUUACAUCAAGAUUGCAAGAUUUAUGCCCAGAGUGGAAAUAGUACAAAAGCAUAACACUGCUGCCAGAAGACUCUAUAUCCGAGGCCAUAAUGGGAAAAUUUACCCGUAUCUCGUCAUGAACGACGCUUGCCUGACCGAGUCCCGCCGAGAAGAGCGUGUUUUACAGCUCCUUCGCCUCCUGAACCCCUGUUUAGAGAAGAGGAAGGAAACCACCAAGAGACAUCUGUUUUUCACAGUACCCCGAGUGGUGGCCGUCUCUCCGCAGAUGCGCCUGGUGGAAGACAACCCCUCCUCUCUCUCCCUCGUGGAGAUCUACAAGCAGCGCUGCACCAAGAAGGGCAUUGAGCACGACAGCCCGAUUUCACGCUACUACGACCGACUGGCGACCGUCCAGGCGCGAGGGACCCAGGCCAGCCACCAGGUUCUCCGUGAUAUCCUGAAAGAGGUGCAAAGCAAUAUGGUGCCCCGGAGCAUGCUGAAGGAGUGGGCGCUGCACACCUUCCCCAACGCCACGGAUUAUUGGACAUUUCGGAAGAUGUUCACCAUCCAGCUGGCCCUGAUCGGCUUUGCAGAGUUUGUCUUCCAUCUGAACAGGCUGAACCCGGAGAUGCUGCAGAUCGCCCAGGAUACUGGCAAACUAAACGUGGCGUAUUUCCGGUUUGAUAUCAACGAUGCCACAGGAGAUCUCGACGCCAAUCGCCCUGUCCCGUUCCGACUCACGCCAAACAUUUCCGAGUUCCUGACCACCAUUGGGGUCUCUGGUCCGCUCACCGCCUCAAUGAUUGCUGUCGCACGCUGUUUUGCCCAACCAAACUUUAAGGUUGACGGGAUCCUGAAGACGGUGCUACGCGAUGAAAUAAUUGCUUGGCACAAGAAAACCCAGGAGGACACGUCCUCCCCGCUUUCGGCAGCUGGGCAGCCUGAGAACAUGGACAGCCAGCAGCUGGUUUCGCUGGUUCAGAAAGCUGUUACCGCCAUCAUGACUCGCCUGCAUAACCUGGCACAGUUUGAAGGAGGAGAGAGCAAAGUCAACACCCUGGUCGCCGCGGCAAAUUCCCUUGACAACCUCUGCCGCAUGGAUCCCGCCUGGCACCCGUGGCUCUGAUGUAGCGCUGUGACGCUCUAGCGCUGUAGUCAAGAAGACAGCAAAUAUGGAAGAAGAAUGGUUGGGGUUUUGUUGUUGUUGUUUUUUUGUUGUUGAUCUUUUUUCAAGUUUGCUCCUUGCCUCCUUGACAGUUCAUCUGUCUCGAUCCCCACUUUCUUGACUGUUUUUUGGUGUGAUCCUGUUUACAGAAGUGCUGCCGUUCUCAGCAAAACCCUCUUGAGUCAUUUUGCAUGCUUAUUCAGCAGUGAUCCCAUUCAAGGAAAAAAAGUGGCGCCUGCAAGUGCGAACAAAGAUAACUUUAAAGAGAUUCAGAUUUUCCCAUUUCCUAUAUGUAAUCCCUUUAAAAAAACAUUGUAAAGAAAGUUGUAUCCCUGCUUUCUGGAUCUUACUAUGUGAACUCUUUUUUUUUUAAGUGUUUUCUUCAUAUUGGUACAAAAUAUGCUUAAGUACCCUUUUGACUCAGUCAAAAAUAGACAUCAAUGAAAGUGAAGUUUGUACAGAAUUUUUUUAAUGACAUGUAUAGAAAAAUCAUCCCCUGCCUCCCUCCAUUUUUUUAGGUUGUUAGGUGAAGAAGAAGAAAAAAAAAUUGGAAUUGUGCUAGUUUUAUCCUGCCAGAACAUUGUACAGUUCAGAAUGGACCUGUUGCCGCAGUCUUGUUGAGUGACUCAUACAUAAAAGGAAAACCAUAAAAGCAAAUUUAACUUCCAUUAAGAGAAGGUAUUCGGGUGGAACCAACGCAGCGCGAAUCAAAGAGUAUAUAUGAUAAAUUGGUGGUGUUCCCCCUCAUUUUUGUUUUCUUUUUGAGAUUUGACACAUUUAAAUAUAUAUCAUUAAGCAGCUUGUUGAGAAACCGUUUUGUAGUGUUUACCUUUGUAAUUUAAGAAAGGAAAAAGGAAAAAAAAAAGGAAUCGCUUUUAUUUGGGUCCGCGUUAGCCAUUUUUAUAAACCUCACUGUGUCGAGAAUGUCGCAGUUCAAAUUUGUACAGAGUGAACCUUUUUUGGACAAAAUAAAUAUUUUCUAAAAUG